AGCUAGCUAGUAGUCAAUACUGAAAGGCACGUACAUGUUGCAAAUGCUGGAUGCAUUGAAAAACCUUCCUGAACUUGUAUGAACAGUUAAAAAUGCUUUUUGAAGACAAUUACUGUGUUCCGGAUUCAGUUUGGCCGGAGGAGUGUUGGAUGAGCAAAAUUGCUGUUCAUAGUUUGCAUAAUGCUCUUUUCGAUAGACUGCUUUUCGUCAUUUAUCAAAUGCAGUUGUCCGUUUUAGACGUGAACCCAGAAUUUUCAGUGAUCUUUUCGAUGGAGAUUGACGUGGUAUUGUACCAUUGUCUGUUGUUUGCAUGUGCUAUAGGCAUUUAUUUUCACAAUAUACAAGUCGCCAUUGUCCAUGCAAAGUUUAUUUUCUGGUUCUAAUUGUUCUUCUGAAACACACUGCAGAGUAAACAAGAGGGAUGAAUAGAGAUUUUUUGCUAUUGCAAGUCAAGAUAUAUUAAAAAAUCCUGCCCUCUUCUUGCUUGCUGUGCUUGGGCUUUAGCAGGUUUAUCUUUGUGGUGGAGUCUUGUGCACUUUUACAGAGGUUUCAAAUGUAGCAAUGGAGUUUGGUUGGCCACAUGAACUGCUUUUCAGGUUGCCUUCUCCAUCUGAGGUGUAAAGUGCAGUAUAUGUCAGGUUUAUGGGGCUAAUUUAAGGGAAGCUAAUUAUAGUGGGAAUUGUUGUUGUGAGUAUAAUCAAUUGUUGGCUGUGUAGAAUGGCAGUGCUGACAAGCUUUAAUCUCCCUUGAGAAAGGGAGUGGUUGGCAGGGUGCACGUAAAAAUAUUUUUGUAGAAGACAAGGUAGAUUGUAUUUGAGUUGGAAAACCGUUAGUGGGAAAUGAGUAUCAAAUAAUUGCUUUUUGCCUUAGAAAAAAGGAGAUAAAACUGGUGUUUUUUCAGGUGGAGCUCUGAUUUCAUUCUGAAAUAUAUCAUGAAUGAAAGCCUUUUCAUAUUUUGAAAGUUUUAAUAUUGAUUUUUGAUCUAUUUUUAAAACUUAAUCUUGGAAGACUUGUAACAUAAGGCUGCUUUUAAGUGUAUUUGUUCUGCUUACUUCAGAGCAGUGAUUGGAAUGCUAAAGCUUAGAAAGAGAAAUUGUCAUAUGACAACAAUAUGUGCAUCUAUUUCUUACAAUGGGAUGUCUGUCCUGUUUUGUAGUUUCUUUCCCAGUUGAUCUUCGUGCAUAUCCUUUUCCAGUGUGUUAUUCCUGUAAUGGACAACUUUUUGCUCUUUUACUUUGGUUUUCAUCUGUAUUUCUUUCCCAUCUCCUGUUAACCAUUGUUGCAUUUAUUUUUUCUUCAGCAUGACAGCAGCAUCCAUUCCUGUGGGUCUUUGUCGUACAAAAUUGGAAAAAAAAAAAAAAAAGCUUUUGUCCAUUGACAUUGGAUGUACAUUCAAGACCUUUUCUGAAGGCUUUCAGUGAGUAAUUAGCAUUGAGCUGGCAUUUUGUUGGUGUGUUGUUAAAUACAUCACCUUGUUUAGCUGUCAUGUAGGAUUGUCACGUGGGUGACAUCAGCCGUUGUCUUUUUGGCUUCAUUUCCUGUUUUUUGGGAAACCCUUGAAAAUCACAAAGGGCUCAUGAAGGCCAAGGUGAAGAAGUCUUGUCUUUGUAGAGAGCAACCUGUCUGUCCACUGGUGUUAAUUAUUUUAAGUCUCUGAUGCUUUAAAGUAAACAGAGGCUGCUGGGAGCCUGGGAAGCAAGAGCAGUGAGAUUGUGCACGGCUCUCAUGCAGGUCCCAGAAGGGAAGCCAUAGAUUGGUGAUCAUCUUAAAAAUAGGGGAAAGAGUGUUUCAUGUUUCCAGCAUCAAACCAUGGAUUUAUGUCUGUAUUUUUGUUUGGGAAAGAAUGCUGAGCAUCAGAGGAACACUUGGCAGGACAUUCAUCUGGGAAGGACAGCGGAGCUUCGGUGCUGAAGCGAUGGGAAGCACAACUGCAGGUGGAGAGGAGGAAAGAGAAUUGAGGAAAGACCUUUAAUCCAUUAGAGGAGACAGAACUGCACUGUGUGUGUUUGCAAGCACAAAAUACGUGUUCUGGCUGUGCUAGUCAGGCAGAGGAAAUAAAGACUGAAACAGAGAAGCAAAGUCCCCCUCAUGGAGAAGCAAAACCUGGUUCCAGCACUCUGCCACCUGUGAAAUCAAAGACGAGCUUCAUUGAAGCAGACAAGUACUUCCUACCAUUUGAAUUGGCAUGCCAGUCAAAAUGCCCCAGGAUUGUCAGUACGUCUCUAGAUUGUUUACAGAAACUUAUUGCGUAUGGUCAUCUGACAGGGAAUGCUCCAGACAGUACAGCUCCAGGCAAAAAAUUAAUUGAUAGAAUUAUUGAGACAAUAUGUGGCUGUUUUCAAGGACCUCAAACAGAUGAAGGAGUUCAGCUACAAAUAAUAAAGGCUUUACUUACUGCAGUGACAUCUCAACAUAUAGAAAUCCACGAAGGAACAGUGCUGCAGGCUGUUAGAACAUGCUACAAUAUCUAUCUAGCAAGCAAAAAUCUCAUAAAUCAAACCACAGCCAAGGCCACUCUAACACAGAUGCUGAAUGUCAUAUUUGCACGUAUGGAAAACCAAGCACUUCAGGAAGCCAAACAGAUGGAAAAAGAAAGACACAGACAGCAGCACCAUUUACAGCAGUCUCCAGUAAGCCAGCAUGAGCCUGAGUCACCUCAGUUGAGACAUAUUCCAACACAGGCUGAUCAGCUGUCUAAAGAACAUGAGAGAGAGCUUGACCACAAUACGAAUGAUGUGGACAAGAACCUUCAAGAAGAUAUAGAGACAGAAAAUGGAUCUGAUAUUUCUAGUGCUGAAAAUGAGCAGACAGAAGCUGACCAAGCCACAGCAGCAGAAAACCUUUCUAAAGCUGAUGGAGAAACGUAUGAUGAUGAAAGCAAUGAAUGUGAAGAGAAGGCACAAGAAAUAGUAGAAAGUAUUGUGCAGGAAAUGGUGAACAUAGUAGUUGGAGAUAUAGAAGGAUCUGCUGAAAGUGCAAGUGGUGAUGGAACAAUUGUAACAUUAGAGGAUGGCAGUGACAGUGAAAACAUUCAGGCAAAUGGAAUUCCAGGGACUCCAAUUUCUGUUGCUUAUACACCAUCUUUACCGGAUGACAGAUUAUCCGUCUCUUCCAAUGAUACUCAGGUACAGGAAUCUGGAAAUUCUUCAGGACCUACACCUGGUGCUAAGUUUUCCCACAUUUUACAAAAGGAUGCCUUCCUUGUAUUCAGGUCACUGUGUAAACUCUCCAUGAAGCCCCUAUCAGAUGGACCACCAGAUCCAAAAUCUCAUGAACUGCGGUCAAAGAUUCUUUCAUUGCAGUUGCUUCUGUCCAUUCUACAAAAUGCAGGACCUGUCUUCAGGACAAAUGAGAUGUUUAUUAAUGCUAUUAAGCAGUAUCUUUGUGUUGCACUGUCAAAAAAUGGAGUCUCAUCAGUUCCAGAAGUUUUUGAACUUUCACUUUCCAUAUUUCUUACCCUUCUCUCAAACUUUAAGACUCAUCUGAAGAUGCAGAUAGAGGUUUUCUUCAAAGAAAUUUUCCUCUAUAUCUUGGAAACAUCUACUAGCUCAUUUGAUCAUAAGUGGAUGGUUAUACAGACGCUGACACGGAUAUGUGCAGAUGCCCAGAGUGUAGUGGACAUCUACGUGAACUAUGAUUGUGAUUUAAAUGCAGCAAAUAUAUUUGAAAGGCUGGUUAAUGACCUAUCAAAGAUAGCUCAAGGAAGAGGUAGCCAAGAACUUGGCAUGUCCAACAUUCAGGAAUUAAGUUUGAGGAAGAAAGGAUUGGAGUGCUUAGUAUCAAUCUUGAAAUGCAUGGUGGAGUGGAGUAAGGAUCAGUAUGUAAAUCCCAAUUCUCAGACAACACUUGGGCAAGAAAAACCUACAGAACAGGACAGCAAUGAAACCAAACACCCUGAGACAAUUAACAGAUAUGGAAGCUUAAAUUCCCUGGAUUCUACUGCUUCAUCAGGAAUUGGCAGCUACAGCACACAGAUGUCUGGCACUGACAACCCGGAGCAGUUUGAGGUCCUAAAGCAACAAAAGGAAAUAAUAGAACAAGGAAUUGACUUAUUCAAUAAGAAGCCAAAGAGGGGGAUUCAGUACCUGCAAGAGCAAGGAAUGCUUGGCACUACCCCUGAAGAUAUUGCUCAGUUCUUGCACCAGGAGGAGAGAUUAGAUUCAACUCAGGUUGGGGAGUUCCUGGGAGACAAUGAUAAAUUCAACAAAGAAGUCAUGUAUGCAUACGUAGACCAACACGACUUCUCAGGAAAGGAUUUUGUAUCAGCUCUACGUCUGUUUCUGGAGGGAUUUCGCCUUCCAGGAGAGGCUCAAAAAAUUGAUCGGCUAAUGGAGAAAUUUGCUGCUAGAUAUUUAGAAUGUAACCAAGGGCAAACUCUUUUUGCUAGUGCAGACACUGCAUAUGUCUUGGCUUACUCAAUUAUCAUGUUGACAACAGAUCUUCACAGUCCACAGGUUAAGAAUAAAAUGACAAAAGAACAAUAUAUUAAAAUGAAUAGAGGUAUCAAUGACAGUAAAGAUCUCCCUGAAGAAUAUCUGUCUGCUAUCUAUAAUGAAAUAGCUGGAAAGAAGAUUUCAAUGAAAGAAACAAAAGAAUUAACAAUACCUACAAAAUCCAGUAAGCAAAGUGUUGCCAGUGAAAAGCAGAGAAGGCUUCUGUAUAAUCUGGAAAUGGAACAAAUGGCUAAGACAGCUAAAGCUCUUAUGGAGGCAGUGAGUCAUGUUCAGGCACCAUUUACCAGUGCAACACACCUGGAGCAUGUGAGACCCAUGUUUAAGUUGGCAUGGACACCUUUCCUAGCUGCCUUCAGUGUGGGUCUACAGGACUGUGAUGACACAGAAGUUGCAUCUCUUUGUUUGGAGGGCAUACGGUGUGCCAUCAGGAUUGCCUGCAUUUUCAAUAUACAGCUUGAAAGAGAUGCCUACGUCCAAGCAUUAGCAAGAUUUACAUUGCUUACAGUGAGUUCUGGUAUUACUGAAAUGAAGCAGAAGAAUAUUGACACAAUUAAAACUCUCAUCACAGUGGCUCAUACAGAUGGAAACUAUUUAGGAAAUUCCUGGCAUGAGAUUCUGAAAUGCAUCAGUCAACUUGAGCUGGCACAGCUAAUAGGAACUGGAGUAAAACCUCGUUACAUCUCAGGGACAGUGCGUGGCAGGGAAGGUUCUUUUACAGGAACAAAAGAUCAGGCACCUGAUGAAUUUGUGGGGCUAGGGCUGGUUGGUGGAAACGUGGAUUGGAAGCAAAUAGCAAGUAUUCAAGAGUCCAUUGGUGAAACUAGCUCCCAAAGUGUUGUCGUUGCUGUAGACAGAAUAUUUACAGGAUCUACAAGAUUGGAUGGAAAUGCUAUUGUGGAUUUCGUUCGUUGGCUUUGUGCUGUAUCUAUGGAUGAGCUGCUGUCUGCUACUCACCCUCGAAUGUUCAGCCUGCAGAAGAUAGUAGAGAUUUCUUACUACAACAUGGGUCGGAUUAGGCUACAGUGGUCUAGAAUCUGGGAAGUUAUUGGAGAUCAUUUUAAUAAGGUUGGCUGCAAUCCCAAUGAAGAUGUAGCUAUUUUUGCGGUAGACUCAUUAAGGCAGUUAUCCAUGAAGUUCCUAGAAAAAGGAGAACUUGCUAAUUUCCGAUUUCAGAAGGACUUCUUAAGACCGUUUGAACAUAUAAUGAAGAGAAACAGGUCUCCUACUAUUCGAGACAUGGUCGUGCGGUGCAUUGCGCAGAUGGUGAAUUCCCAAGCUGCCAACAUCCGUUCUGGUUGGAAGAAUAUUUUUUCAGUUUUUCAUUUGGCUGCCUCAGAUCAGGAUGAAAGUAUAGUGGAACUUGCAUUCCAGACUACAGGGCACAUUGUCACGAUUGUGUUUGAAAAACACUUCCCAGCAACCAUAGAUUCUUUCCAGGAUGCAGUAAAGUGCUUGUCUGAAUUUGCCUGCAAUGCAGCAUUUCCAGAUACCAGUAUGGAAGCCAUCCGCCUCAUUCGCCACUGUGCAAAAUACGUAUCUGAUAGACCUCAGGCCUUCAAGGAAUAUACGAGUGAUGAUAUGAAUGUAGCUCCUGAAGACAGAGUGUGGGUGAGAGGAUGGUUCCCAAUUCUGUUUGAGUUAUCCUGUAUCAUCAAUAGAUGCAAAUUAGAUGUAAGAACCAGGGGCUUAACAGUAAUGUUUGAGAUAAUGAAGACAUAUGGCCAUACGUAUGAAAAACACUGGUGGCAAGAUUUAUUUCGUAUUGUCUUCAGGAUAUUUGACAACAUGAAACUGCCAGAACAGCAGACUGAGAAAGCUGAAUGGAUGACAACUACUUGCAACCAUGCACUUUAUGCAAUAUGUGAUGUAUUCACGCAAUAUCUGGAAGUACUUAGUGACGUUCUCCUGGAUGACAUAUUUGCACAGCUCUAUUGGUGUGUGCAGCAAGACAAUGAACAACUGGCACGGUCUGGUACAAACUGUUUGGAGAACGUUGUCAUCCUAAAUGGCGAGAAGUUUACCCUAGAAAUCUGGGAUAAAACCUGCACUUGCAUGCUGGACAUCUUCAAAACUACAAUUCCUCAUGCGCUGCUGACUUGGAAGCCGGUCAGUGGGGGCUUUGGCCCUGUAUCACCCUCUGAUGCAAAAGAAAAACUGGAUACAAUCUCCCAGAAGUCUGUAGAUAUUCAUGAUACUGUUCAACCGAGAUCUUCAGAUGGACGGCCACAUCAACCCAGUGCAGUGCCUACAGGAAGUGAAGAAGUGAGCAAAGCCAGAUCAACAGCAAAAUUUCCAGAACAGAAGUUAUUUGCUGCUCUUCUGAUCAAGUGCGUUGUACAACUGGAACUCAUUCAGACUAUCGACAACAUCGUGUUCUUCCCUGCAACUAGCAAGAAAGAGGAUGCAGAGAACCUAGCAGCAGCACAAAGAGAUGCAGUAGAUUUUGAUGUCCACGUGGAUACCCAAGAUCAAGGGAUGUAUCGUUUUCUGACAUCACAGCAGCUUUUCAAACUCCUUGAUUGUCUGCUAGAAUCUCACAGGUUUGCUAAGGCUUUUAAUUCCAACAAUGAACAAAGAACUGCUCUCUGGAAAGCAGGUUUUAAAGGCAAAUCCAAGCCCAAUCUUCUGAAGCAGGAGACAAGCAGUCUUGCCUGUGGGUUACGCAUUCUGUUCCGCAUGUACAUGGAUGAAAGCCGAAUCAGUGCGUGGGAAGAAGUCCAGCAAAGGCUGCUAAAUGUCUGCAGUGAGGCUCUGAGUUACUUUCUUACUCUCACGUCAGAAAGCCAUCGGGAGGCCUGGACUAAUCUACUGCUCUUAUUUUUGACUAAAGUUCUGAAGAUAAGUGAUGAAAGGUUCAAGGCUCACGCCUCUUUCUACUAUCCUCUCUUGUGUGAAAUUAUGCAGUUUGACCUUAUCCCUGAACUCCGAGCUGUUCUGCGAAGGUUCUUCCUGCGGAUCGGCGUGGUUUUUCAGAUAUCCCAACCACCGGAGCACGAGUCUGCAAUAAGCAAGCAGUAGCACGCAGUGACCGGGGAGCGCUCCCUUAAAAGUGUAAACUCCUCAGCUAAAUAAAAGGACCAGGGGGCUGAGCCGUUCCGUCUGCGCAUCCAUAGAAAUGGUUUCUUUGUACGGCAGCGUGUAUCUAAGGAUGAAUGGUACAGAUGCUUACACCUGUAAUUAAGGCUUGCAACACUCCAGUCCCUUUAUUUCCCGAUGGAUUGUCUGUGGGUUUCUCUGCCCUGGCCGGUGCUGAGCACAGAGCCAGUUUUUAGCACAGUCCUCUCGUCAGCGUGGGCUGCGACAUCCUUUCCUGUCCUUGACAGCAGUAUAGCAACAGAUGUGCGUGGCGGGCGUGGAAGGAAAACGUACCCAAAGAACUCUGUAUGUAAAGGUUUGAGCUUCUGCGAGAAGUACAACUCAGGAGAGCUGUAUUUUGAAGGGUCAGAUGUUUAUAGUGAAAAGAAAAAGGAGAUUAUUGCUCGUGGUAAAAGGUAUUUAGCGACUAUGUCUGAUAUUCUAAGAUUUUUUGCACACUCAGGCUGACUGAGACGUCGGUAAUCAUCCUCCUGUGAAAAUGUACAGAGAUGCAGGUCUGUAAGAUAAACUCUUUAACACUAUACAGUUCUUCCUGAAUCGUUUUAUUUCUGUACUUUUGGUUUGUUGAAGACCCAUAACACUUACCGGUUUACCAAACGCACUAGGAGUUCGGGUUUAUUUCUGGGGGGUUGUGGUUUAUUUCUCUGGUUUCGUUGUAGCCCAGCAGCGUUGCUGCCUUCGGUCGAGAGCAGAGGUAGAAGUAUCACGACUGACGUAACUACCUGUAAUAUACUUGUGUUAGGGCUUCUCAGUAUAACGAGCCAUCAAAACGAUGAUCCUUCAAGGACUGGAACUUGAAUCACUGCAAACAAGUCUAGGUUGUGUCUGCUGUCACAUGGUUUUUUCGUUUGAUGUAGAUUUCACUCUGAUGUACAGAAUUUAAUGUUGAAUAUAUUCGAGUAACAAAUCGGGCAUGGUUUGGGGAUGGUUAAAUUUAUUGGAAAUGUAUUCAUACUGUGAAUUGUGCUCUGAUGGUUAAAAGCCAAGAUUGUCAAGCAUUCUGUAUUACAAUGGAUGUAGAAAUUUUUUCAGAUGGACAAAAUGUAUAUGGUACAGAUAUGUAAAGUUUUCUAUGUAAAAAAAAUUCUGUACAACUUUCUGUACAAUAUUUGGUUCUCAUCUGGCAUACUCUAAUCGGGUUAUAGGUCAAUAAAGUUUUUGAACUCUUUCAUCAGUGCAAUCAAAA